GCAUCUCCCAUCCAUCUAUUAAAGGUGUCUCCAGAUGGUGAAUUUUUCGCAACAGUGGGAAAGGAUGACUGUCUUGUGAAAGUGUGGUAUAAUUCCAGCAGCUGGCAGUCAGCAGUGAUGGCACCAGCAACACCAAUGGACAAGAAAGAAGGAGAUAUCGAUUUUUCUUUUAUAUAUUUAGCCCAUCCUAGGGCUGUUACUGGAUUUUCUUGGCGGAAGACCAGCAAGUACAUGCCAAGCAGGGGUCUCACAUGUAAUGUUCUGCUGACCUGCUGCAAGGACAAUGUUUGUCGGUUAUGGGCAGAGACUUUACUUCCAAGCGAUACUUUGCUUUCUGGAGAAGGCCACACUCAGUGGUCUGAAUCUGUCUUCACAACCAACAACCUGAAGAGGAACGUUUCCAAUCGGGAAAAGCUGAAUAUCAGAUCCUUUCGUAUAGGGAGGAGGAGAUCGUCUGGUCUUAUUGCACACAGUGGAUAUUUACCCCAUCAGCAGGAUGCACAUGAAGUCCAUAGAAAUUCACCUCUACAUGCGAAUUCACUCUGCCACUUUCACAUAGCAGCCAGUAUUAAUCCAGCAACAGGUGGGAAAGCUGUAUCUUCAUAUACCAAGAGAUUGUUCAAAGGCCAGUUGCAAACGUAUUCUAUUUUACAGCUACGG